AUGGCCAGUAGCCCACAAAGACAACCCAGAGGGCAGAAAGAUCCACCCCAUGUCCAAAAACCUUUCUUGCAGAUGGCCCAUGCCAGCGAGCCCCUCCUGCCCCCCCAAACGUGGGCUCAACGUGAGUUCCUCAUCCCCAACAAGUCCUGGGGGUGUCCCGGCUUCACCCAGCAGGCCCAGCACCGGCUGGCGCUGAGGCCGCCGCCCUGCACGGAAAUCAAGUCUGAGGUGCGUCGCCGACUCAUCUACCCCUGGAAGGACGCCCCACAGCACACGUGGGGCUUUCACACAUGGCUCGAUGUGGGCCGUUUGCCUGCCACCUUUCCCACCAGGCCCGACAGGCCCUAUGAUAGCAACGUGUGGCGCUGGCUGACGGACUCCAGGGCCCACGGCUGCCCCCCAGCAGAGCCCCCCAUCCCCCCACCCACCUGGAUGGGCCAGAACAGCUUCCUGACCUUCAUCCACUGUACCCCUAUCUUCGUGGAUGAGAACAGGAAGAACCAGGUGAUUGUCAGGACGGUACAGGAAUUGAGAGAGCUGGAGAGACUCAAGCUGAGGAGUGAAGUCAGGGCACCCCCACUGGACACCAACGGCAACAUCCUGCCCCCAAAGAAGUUCAAGAAGUACCGGCACAUCUCAGCUGGUGGAAGGUUUGAACCCCGAGGCCUCCAGCUCCUGCCCAACCCACUUCCCAGUGAUCUUGCCAGGGGCUGGCCCUGCCCGAACCCUCUGCCUCAUUACCAGGAAAAAGCGCUAAAACUGGCCUUCCUGCCCAGUGCGCCCCUGAGCCAGGACCUUGUGAGGAAGUAUCAAACCCUGAUAGAGAACCGGAUUGCCUUGCCCCUCUGUCAUCUCUCCAAGGCACCACCUGAUAAAACCAGGAAAGAAGCAAGGAAGACGAAGAGAAGACCCGGACAGAUCUAA